UGUUAAAAAACUUUGCGCUUUUUGUUUCUGCGCGUGUGCGUUUGUGUUUUUAAUCAUGACAUUUCAGGUAAAAUAUGCACUCUAUCCUUAAAUGAAACUUCAGAUAAUCAGCAACGAUUUGCUUACCUAAACAUUAAAUGUUUCACGUAGUUUUAUGAUAGGACGUGUGCCUCUCAGCGCUCUGAUACAGUAACAUUAGGCAUAAACGCCUCAAAAUGCUACCUACUCGAAGCGCCAACAGUGCUGUCUAUGUAUGCAGCUCAGUCUGGUGUGAGACACUGCCAUAGAGUGCUCACUUGAACGAUUUUAAAACGUUCCCUAAACACCGCAUGGACGGAUAAAUAUAGCGCAAAUGAACCAUAAAUGUGGGAUAUGCUGGUUUUGAAGUUGUUCUUGUUUGCAGAUUUCACGCUGUGUGUCCGCUGGCCUUUGGGAUCUGAUCAGUCCCUCACUAACAUUUGGAUAAAUCUCUGUCCUUUCCUCAUCCUUGGUAUCUCCUUUCACUAAAGUCUCCCUUUUCCAUCCCUGCAACCUGACAUAUGAAAUAGCAAUUGGUUACUGAUUUUUGAAAGAUGCAUUGCAUUUCUCACAUAGGAAUUUUCUCCACUUCUCUAACAAGUAAAUGCUUUCAUUUAUGAAACUUUUUGGAAAGACAACUGACUUGUGUUUCUGCAAACAGUAUUUUGUGCUAGUCAUGUGCAAACCUUCCUCAGUAAACCCACCCUUCAUGUCUGCAGUAUCAGUGUCUUCACAGGCGUGUCUCUCGUCGCAGGUUAUCGAACAGCUAGGACAGUUUGAACAGAACACACUCAGACAGCAGGGAACACACGUACAGGUCCAGUACCCUGUCAUUGUGUGGUGGUCUCCUCUGACUGGAGAACUGGGACGUCUCGGAGAGUGUGGCCAUAACAGAUGUUUCUUCACUGUUAACAAGUCUUAUCAUUCCCAUCCACAGACAAAAGCUUUUCUUUUUUAUGGUACGGAUUUCAGCAUUGAAAGUCUUCCUCUUCCGCGUCACGAGCAGCACCAGUGGGCGUUGUUUCACGAGGAGUCGCCCAAGAAUAACUACAAGCUUUUUCACGAGCCGCUCAUUACCCUGUUCAACCACACGGCGACCUUCAGCCGCCGCUCUCACCUGCCCCUCACCACGCAGCACCUGGAGGCCCUCAACGCUCUCAGCUCACAAACACACCUGCUGCCUCUGUCCUACAAAAACCAGCUGAGGAGGACUCUGGCGCCGGUGGCGUACGUCCAGUCGGACUGCGACCCACCGUCUGACAGAGAUGUUUACAUUCAAGAGCUGAUGAAACACAUUCAGGUGGACUCAUACGGACAGUGUCUUCAUAAUAAAGACCUGCCGCCCCAUCUGAGAGACUCCACUGCGAUGGACGAUCACGAUUUCUACCAGAUCCUCGCCCAGUACAAGUUCAUCCUGGCCUUUGAGAACGCCGUCUGUGAUGACUAUAUCACUGAGAAACUGUGGAGGCCGCUCAAAUUAGGCAUUGUGCCGGUGUACUACGGAGCUCCUAACGUACGCAUGUGGUUGCCAGAUAACAGGAGCGCAGUCGUGGUCAAUCCCAAUGAGCCGCCGAAGAAGCUCGCUCAGUAUUUAAAGAGGUUGGACGAGAAUGACGGGGAAUAUCUGAAAUAUCUGGAGUGGAAGCAGAAGCGGGAAAUAUCUAACGUGAAUCUGGUGACAGAGCUGAAGGAGCGUCCGUGGGGUGUUCAGGAUCUUGGUCAAGAUAGCUUCAUUGAUGCCUUCGAGUGCAUGGUGUGCAACAGAGUCUGGGAGAAUAUCCACCGGCGGGAAAAGAAACUGCCGUCUAAAGUCUGGCGAGCUGAAGAAAGCCACCUCACAUGCCCGCCUCCAGAGCUGUUUGAGUUUGCUGUGAGCCCCAGCUCGUCUCUUCGGCAGAUAUGGAGAGCCAGUUAUGAGCAGUCCAGAAGAGAAGCCCGAGUGCUGGGACUGAUGCUUCGCAGGAACACAAACUUUACCGUAACGCAGUUCUGGAGAGAAGUGUUUACUGACUGAAGGAAACAGAUAACUGAAAUGCAGUUAUUGUGUUUAUGUGGAUGGUAAACCUGUGGGCUGCAUUUCAGGAGGAAAAACAACUUCAAGGUGAUGUGUAAUUCAUAGGGCUAUUUUCAUGUUAUGUGGAAAGUUACGUCAUGCAUUGCAUUAUAUUUAACAUACAUAAUCUUUAUGUGGAUGUGACAUUUUCUCAAACAGUCGAUGCAAUGCUCAGGAUCUGCAUUAACCGUGUGUGUUUUUAUCAUAUAUAGCCUAAUAUCUAGCCUUAAUAUUCAAAGGCCACACUGGACAAUAAGGUCCCAUUGAGUUCAUGUUACUUAAUGCAUUAACAAUGAUG